AUGGAGGGCAACAGACUUCCAGCUACUCUGUACUUGCAGGCAGACAAUUGUUUUCGAGAGAACAAAAACAAAUUUGUUCUAGCAUUCUGUGAGCUAUUGAUCAGAUGUGAAAUAUUCACAGAGGUACAUUUAUCCUUUCUAAUAGUUGGGCACACCCAUGAAGAUGUUGACUGUGCAUUCAGUAAAAUAUCUGAAACAUUGCACAAAAAAGAUGCAGAGACAUUGGAAGAACUUCUAGCUCUUCUUCCAAGAACCGGUCUACUCACAGACAUGAUGAAUGUUAAAGGGUGGCUUGCCCCAGCUGUAAAUGAAGUUUGUGGAGUGAGUAGACCGCUUCAUUACAAGUUCACAAAAUCAGAUCAGGAAGUUAAAACCUUUUACAAAGGCCAGCAUGAUCAUCCAUGGACACAGCUUAGUGGUAACUUUUUAAGUUACGUCCCAGAUGGAAGACCAACUAGAUUGGUCCCGGACUAUUCAAACAUUGACUGUGUUGUCCAAAUGAGAGAGAUUACAAAUUUGCAACACAUGUUUAAAAAGCCAACAACGUUGAAUAAGUGGAUUCAAUUUUAUGAGAGUAUAGGAAAUGGAACGUUUGACCAGUGCCUUUCAGAUGAAGAGAAUAGAAACAUCUGGAUUCUGGACCAUUUGCCAAAACAAACACAAUCUGAACAGUUUGUUUGUGUUAUUCCAGAAGUCAUAAGGCUAAUGGAGAGGGAAACUGAAGUACCAGAGAUCAGAUUUAGAAAACGUUUACAUCAAACUGGACAGGAUAAGAGUGAUACAAAGAGAGGGAAAACAUAAACUGGUGUUAAAAGGUAAUAAGUUUUAUAUAUAAAUCCUGAAUUUUUCUCUUUUAAUGCCUCUGGGCAUAUGGUAAUUGAACUGUCUGUCCUUCCAUAUGUGGUUAACCUAAAACGACAAGUUGAAUUUUUCUUAAGUUCUUCCUGUAAUAAUGGCUUCAUUAUUUACACACUACCACUCAAAACAAGGUACAUGAUCUUGUAGAACUCUGGCUUCCAAUGUUUUUCAAGUUCUUGGACUUUGAAAUGGAUAUGGUUAAACUAAAGCAGCAAGUUGGAUAUAUCUUAAAUUCUAUCUAUACUCAUAAUUUCCAUACUUACUUAUCAAUACAAGGUACAUGAUAUUGCCAAGUUAUAUAACUGUGCGAUCCAUUUUACAGUCACAGUCUGACUUGCCCAUGUUACCACUUGUAUAAUGCAUCUUUUUUGUCAUAUAACAACAUAAAUGGUUUUAGAGAACGCCUUUUCGUGAUGUCACAAGUUUCAACAAUCAAAACACAAUAUAAAAUGUGUGAAAAACUUUAUAUCCAAACAGUUUUUAGUUUAUGCAAAUGAAGCUUUGAAAAACAUGUGAAGUGUAUUUUCCAAUAAAAUUGAUCGAACAAAGCAAUGCUCUGCCCUACAGUGAUAUGUCUUUAUUAUCUUUUGCAUGCCUUUCAAUUUCAUGUGCCCCCAUUGAUCUAUGAUGGAAAUUCAAAUUUUGAUUUUAGACUUUUAGACCUCUCAAUAAAAGUUUGU